AUGACGAGUGCGGCAGCCGGAAAUUCUGGCGCUCGAGAAGCCGUAGAGGACAGAUUGGAAUCCAUAUCGAACCACUCUUGGGUGGAGAAAUUGAAUCCAGACCCAGAAACCGACGUCAACGCGCCGAACAGAAAGUCUCGUCGAGUAAAAUCUGGACACUUCGUGAGAGUACAGCCGACGCCUUUGAAACGUCCGGCGUUAAUCAUCCAUUCGAAAAAAGUACUCGAAGAUAUAGGGUUAUGUGAAGGUGACGAAUCGUCCGAGACGUUCGUGCGUUUCUUCUCCGGAGAUUCCGACGCCAUACCGGGAAUGAAAACGUGGGCGACGCCAUACGCUUUGAGUAUUAUGGGCCAGAAACACACCUCGAACUGUCCGUUUGGGACUGGUGAAGGGUAUGGAGACGGACGCGCUAUUUCAGUUGGUGAAGUCUUAAAUCCAAAAACAAAUCAACGGUACGAGUUGCAGUUGAAAGGUGGUGGCCAAACGCCGUUUUGUCGCGGCGCCGAUGGAAGAGCGGUACUUCGUUCGAGCAUUCGAGAAUUCAUCGCUUCCGAAGCCAUGGAUGCUUUAGGGAUUCCAACCACGCGUGCGUUAUCCCUCAUUCGAUCGGAAGGUGGCGAUGUUUCAAAUAGACCUUGGUACAGCGCGUCGGUGGAAAAGCAAGUAUCGAAACAACUCAACGAAGUGACCGUAGAUGAUCCGAGGCUGGCUCGAUUUGACGCUUCAGAAAGAGAAGCCAUCGUCGGCAGAGUGCGCGCGCAAAAGCGGGACCCUGAUACGAUGAUUCAAGAACCCAACGCAAUUACGACGCGCGUUGCGCCUUCGUUUUUGCGCGUUGGUCAUUUGGAUUUGUUCUCGCGUCGCGCCUCGAAACCAGACGCGAGUCCGUUACAAAAACAAGAGCUCGAAAUGCUAGUGAGACAUUGUUAUUUUCGGGAAUUUAGUGAAGAGAACGAUUCUUGGUCUUCGACUGCUCCCAUAGAAGAUGUCGCGCGCGCUGUUUUAGAAAAAUCGGCGGCUGGAAUUGCAUUCUGCGUCGCUGAAUGGUUAAGGGUUGGAUUUUGUCAAGGGAACUUUAAUGCUGACAAUUGUCUCGUCGCCGGACGAACGAUGGAUUACGGUCCUUUUGGUUUUCUCGACGCUUACGAUCCCGCGUUUGCGAAAUGGACGGGGAGCGGUGACCACUUUGCAUUCGCAGCUCAGCCGCAAGCUGCGGUUGCAAAUUACUUUACCUUAUGCUCUGCACUCUCUACGCUAUUGAAAGGAAAAGAAGCUGAAGGAAACGUGCUCAUAGAAACGUUUGCGAAAACGAUUGAAAAUGAAGUGACAAAUGUCUGGGCAAAAAAGCUUGGUUUUCGCGACGAUGCGCCGAGUUCGAGCAAAGCAGCCGCGCGCGAUUUAUACGAUGAAACCAUUCAGGAUCUUCUCUACAGGCACAGAGCCGAUUGGACGAUGUUUUGGAGAGAACUCUCGAACGCUGCGCCGGACCUAAUCUCGCGAAAAAUGUCGGCGAAGGAGGCGUUUUCAACUUUUCUCGAGAAGAAGGCAUUUUACAAGUCUACAUUUUCGGAGCAAGAGAUUGAAAUGUGGACCAAGGCGUUGGACGCGUGGAUAGCGGCGUUGAGAACGUCGGGUGAAAACGAAUCCACGGCUGGAGAAAUAGUCUCGAGGAUGCGUCUUGCAAAUCCAAAGUAUGUUCCGAGAGAAUACAUGCUCGUGGAGGCGUACGAAGCGGCUGAAGUUGGCGAUUACUCCGUGUUACGCGACGUUUUCAAAGCUUGUUGUGAAAACCCAUACGACGAAGGUGAGAACAGUAAAUACUACGGUCUCGCGCCCGAGGAGUCACUUUCAAAAGGGGGCAUUGCAUUCAUGUCUUGA